AUGGGUUCAGAUCAACCCUGCAUGGAUUCCCUAGAGAGAAGGCCCACGCUGAGUGCUGCCUGUAAGCGGCAGGCCUACCGGUGUCUGCGGAAAAAGCUGAGGCCAUUGCGAAUCAUAGGGUUUGUCCUCAGCCUGGUGGCCUUAAGUGCUGUCUCCUUCAGUGCCUUCACCUGGAGCUCAGGGGGUCUCAGUGAGCCAGUGCUCCCCCAGGAGAGUCUCCACCAGUCGGCCCCCCACAGGACUCUGCUUUCCACCCAACAUCAGAGGGACCCCAAUGUGUCAAACGACAUGCCAAUAGCCAUGAAAUCUUCAUCAAAUAGCAGCGAGGGCCAGGGGGAGUACCCUCCAGACAUUUUCACCCUUGAUGAGCGACGUAAAGGAGCAGUGGCCCUCCACAUGUUUGGCAUGAUCUACAUGUUCAUUGCCUUAGCCAUAGUGUGCGACGAGUUCUUCGUCCCAGCGCUGACAGUCAUCACAGAGAAGCUGACCAUUUCGGAUGACGUAGCGGGUGCCACCUUCAUGGCGGCAGGCGGCUCAGCCCCGGAGCUCUUCACCUCCAUCAUCGGCGUCUUCAUCUCGCACAGCAACGUGGGCAUCGGCACCAUCGUGGGCUCGGCCGUCUUCAACAUCCUCUUCGUGAUCGGGAUGUGUGCCAUCUUCUCUAAGGAAAUCCUCAACCUAACAUGGUGGCCGCUCUUCCGCGACGUCUCCUUCUACAUCAUAGAUCUGAUCAUGCUCAUCAUCUUCUUCCUGGAUAACUUCAUCUCCAUGUGGGAAAGUAUCACGCUGCUCUCGGCCUACGCAGCCUACGUGAUCUUCAUGAAGUGCAAUAGCAGUGUUGAGCGCUUCGUCAAAAAUUGCAUGAACAAGAACCAAGUGGUAGAAGUAGAAGUACAGCCCAAGGAUGAGAAGGCAAUUCCUGUGACGCCAGAAGAUGACGGCAAGUUGUCGGCCAGGCCUCGUCUUCAGAGGGGAGGUAGUUCCGCCUCCCUGCACAACAGCCUGAUGAGGAACAGCAUUUUCCAGCUGAUGAUUCACACGCUGGACCCUUUAAGUGAAGAAUUUGCUGACUCUGAGCUUGGGACUUAUGGGAAACUAAAAUAUUAUCACUCAAUGACUGAGGAAGGUAAAUUUCGAGAGAAGGCAUCCAUCCUUCACAAGAUCGCUAAAAAGAAAUGUCAAGUGGAGGACAGUGAGAAGGCCAAUGGAGUAGCAAGCCGUUCAGAUAAGAACCUUCCGAACAGCUCCAGUGUGGAAGUGGAAGUAACACCACCCAUGAACGGAACAGCAGGUCAAGAGGGGGAGACGGCUGAGGAUGAGGAGGAGGAGGACCAGCCCCUGAGCCUGUCCUGGCCCGAAUCCAACCGCAAGCGCCUCACCUACCUCUUAAUCAUACCUAUCGUCCUCCCCCUGUGGCUAACGCUGCCUGACGUCAGGAAGGCGACAUCAAAGAAAUUCUUCCCUGUCACCUUCCUGGGGGCAAUCACCUGGAUUGCGGCCUUCUCCUACCUAAUGGUGUGGUGGGCUCACCAGGUUGGAGAGACCAUUGGGAUUACAGAGGAGAUUAUGGGCCUGACUAUAUUAGCAGCUGGAACCUCCAUCCCUGACCUCAUCACCAGCGUUAUUGUGGCACGCAAGGGGCUGGGUGACAUGGCUGUAUCCAGCUCCGUAGGCUCCAACAUCUUCGACAUUACCGUUGGACUGCCAUUCCCCUGGCUCAUGUGGUCCUUUACCAACGGCAUGAAACCGGUGACAGUCAGCUCCAACGGCCUCUUCUGUGCCAUCGUGCUCCUCUUCAUCAUGCUCCUCUUCGUCAUCAUCUCCAUCGCCGCCUGCAAGUGGCGCAUGAGCAAGCUGCUCGGCUUCAUCAUGUUCAUGCUGUAUUUCGUCUUCCUGGUGGUCAGCGUCAUGCUGGAGGACAAGGUCAUCACCUGUCCCAUCUCCAUCUGA